AUGGAUUAAUAAUUGAAUAUUUAAUAAGGAAAAUUGCUUUAAUUAAGACAUGUGACUACACAAUAAUAUUUAAAAGGAACUAUUCAUUUUGUAAUUGAAAAAAAUUUAUUUGGUCAAAAAGAACUUGAUGAAUAUUAUUUGGGAACUACUCCAAAAGAAGAUGACUUUUAUACAUAUUUUAUACUUGAAAAAUAUUAACCAACUAAUAAUGAUUUAGAAUUAGGAGAUAUUGUGUCAAUACAAAACUAUGGAUAAUAAUAAUUUGUGAGAUUGAAUUCAUCAAAAAAAUCAGAAGUCACCUAAUAAUGUUAUGCUUAUUUAGGUGAUGAAAAGCAUUAUUUUGUUAUUCAACCAGAAAAAGAUAUAUUUAUAAAUAAUUGCAAUGCUAUUGAUACUUCCAUAUCUAAUAAAUAUGUUAGAUUUACAUCAAUUGAUAAUGGUUAUAGUUUACAUUCUCAUCUUAGAACAUAUAAAUCUGAAAAUGUAUCAUAAUAUAAUGAAGUAACAGGAUAUAAAAAUUGUGAUAAAAAUGAUUUAUGGGAAAUAAUUCCUGUUCAUGAAAAUAAAACUAAGAAUUUUGCACAUAAAGUGUAAACUUUUGAACCAAUUUAAAUUAAUAGUGGAAAUACAAUCAUUAUUAGAAACUUUUGGACUGGAUGGUCUCUGCAUUCUCAUAAAACAUGCUAUAAAUCAACUAAAGAUUAAGAAGUCUCUCUCUUCAGUUAUCCUAGAGAUUGUACUAUUUAUAAUCCAUAUUAAUAGAAAAUGAUUAUUGGAUAAUUACAAAGUUUAACAGUAAAGAAAAAGAUGAUGGAACAUUAAGAAAAAAUGAUGAAAUUCUACUUCAACAUAAUUAAACAAAAAAAUUUCUUGCAUGUUCUAAUGUUUAAUCAUACUCCUAAUCAGGAUUUUAAGUUUAUGGAUUAGAAGGCAAACCUAUGAAAGGUUUUUUAUUAUCAGGUAUUGUAAAUUAAUUAUAUUUAAGAAUUUGAAAAUUCCCCAUUAAGAGUGAAUUAGCCAUUCUUAAUUAAGCACCUUACAAAAGAUCUAUAUUUAUCAUAAUCAAAUUUUUAAACAGAGAGUAAAAUAGGAACUCAAUAGGAGGCUGUUUUUGUCGAAAAAUUUAAUGGCCUAUGUCUAUGGGUAUUAGAAUUAAUAACAAAAUGA